AUGGCCACAAUCAACCUCUCCAUAGGAUGUUGCGUUCUCUCAACUAUGCUUAGCCCGUACAACUUCUUACCAUUAUAAUUUAACUGUAUACUAAUUAUUGUUCUCUUACCACUGUUCUCAAGGAGUUUACAUAUUUAAAUAAAACAAUUCAGCCAUGUGUAUAUGGUAUACAUAUAAAUCUACCAAAAUUUUGGUGCAAAAUAACCUAAUUAACUAAAAUAUCUAAACAUUUUUGGCGUGUACCAAUUCUACCCGACUAUCCCCAAUCCCAAUUACCAAAAAUACCCAUCCACGCAAAAUAUUAUGUGCAGCAACUGCUACACUCGAAGUAUAAUUUGGGCGCUUCAAGACAAUUUCAUAAUAUUACUACUAUUACUACCUCUGGCCGAUAUCGAUCCAGCCAUAUUUACGUACUACUCUGACCAGAGUAGUACUUUAAUUUGUAGUAGAUUAGUAUUUUAGUUCUUUACUUCUUACUAUGAGAAAUAGGCAACCAGUAGAGUAGCCAAAAAUAAUAUGAGCUGAAAAAUUCAACAAGGUUCUUGUAUUCUAAUCAGCUUCUAUCAUGUUAUGAUAAUCUAAGGUUUACGGCAUAACUAAAUAAAUAAUAUAAAACAAUAAAUUCGGCCAUGGUUCAUACUAUUAUUAUUUUUUAUACUGCGUGGAUUGUUCAUCGAGAUUUUGGGAGUGAACAAAAACCAACUCGUUCUAUCCCACCGUGACAUCGUGUAUCCACUUUAUUACCUAUACUCAUAUAAGUAUGUGCGUCAUACUCUUAAUCUCUCGACGAAGGUUUGGGUACCUAAUAUUAAAUAUUCUGGAUUUAGAAGUGUAUUUAGGUGUAUUGUAACGCACAAAAAAUGCACAUGCGAAAUCUAAACCUCGAUGUUUAUUAUCAUAUCAAAAAAUCUAUACGAUAAUAUUAUAAAAUCUUUCUAUGUAAAAAUACAGUGCUUGGAAGGAACUUUCCAAGAAUUUAUCGGGAACAAGUCUGUGGAGGAACUUAGGUGUUGAAACUUCGUUCAAUUAUUGAAGGAAUAUGAACGAUUUUUAUUCCGUUCUUUUUUCUUAAAUAUAACUACCUAAUUUAAAGAGUUUUAAUAAACCUAAACAUUUUUAAUGACCGACAUCUGGAAAUUAAGUGUUUAUGGAAUGAUAAUGUAUUAAAAUUUAAUAAAAGUAUAAAACAAAUGUAUACAAAUUAAUUACAUUUAUUUUUACUUGAGGAACGAAUAAUAUUCCUUUGGUACGAACAAGAAAAGGAACUAAUUCCUUUCUUCAAUCCUGAAACGAGCAUGAAAUUUAUUUUAUUUUAACAAGGUGAUCGUGAACUAAUUCCUUUUUAAAAGGAAUUUUCCAAGCACCGUAAAAAUGUGGUAAAUAAUUGACGUUAAAUUAUUAUUUCCAUAAUCAUUGUUUUUUUUUUUCCAAAUGCUUUUGUGUUUUUUGAAAAAUCAGGUUUCGUCGUAAUAAGUUUUUAUCGUGCCAACGACGCGGGCGGUUUUGUGAUUGAUGUUUUCAAAAAUGAUUUGCGCCGCACGAGGGCAGUGGCAUCUGGCGGACUGCUGCGUAAACAAUAUAUGUAACACGAUGGAAUGCGGUCGUCAUCGCAGCUGCAGCCUGCCGGCUUCUAUGUACCGGGAAGUGGGAAUCCGGGGACGACGAUGACGAACUGCUUGCCGCCUGCGGUUUUUGCACAAACGUUUUUUCAAUCGUAGGACUCGUGUGGAAUUCCCGCCAGUCCGGCGGCGACGCACGAUCACGGCCGAGAGCUCGCCGCAGACUAUUUCAUCGGUUCGCGCCGUCGCCGCCACCUCCCCCCGCCAUUACCCCGCCGCCCUUCCACCUUGCAGGGCACAACCCCGUCACGAUCACUUUCACCCUGCCACUCGAAUAGUCGUCGUCGCCGUUGUUGUGUAGGUCGCAUUAAUUUGUUUUCUCAUUCCAAACGCGCAGGCGCGCGCGUUGUAACUGACGUCCACGCCGAGAGCACGCACGACGCGUUGCACGAGGCAUUUUUUCUCAUAAGCGUCGAGCCAUCGAUAAACGGCGCCGCGUAUUAUCAUAAUUUACUCGGUAAUGAAAUAAUAAUAAUAAGUAAUGAUAUUAUGCCUACCGAUUGUACGCGCAGCAGACGAUAGUGGCUUCCGUAGCACGGGUCCGGGAUAUUUUACCUACGUGUACAAUGCUUAUUUAUUAUUGAUCUUGUUGUUGUUUUUUUUUUUUCUGCUAUUCUUUUGCAGCGUGCGUCGAAUUUCGACAACGCGUUCCCGUCGACAAAGACGCAACACCGACUCGCCGGCGUGGCGACGUCCGGCACCACGGCGACGCGUCCACCGGCCGUGCCGCGGCGGCGGCGACGACGGCGGCAGUCAUUCAGUGUCAGCCGGUAGCGAUUCGUGUGCACGCGUGCUAUUUCGUUUUGUACUUAAACGCCACCGCUCCAAACGAACUAACCAUUUCUCAAUAUUGCAAAAAUACUCGAUUGUAUUUUAUAAUUGUAAUUAUACAAUAACAACGCAUUACACCAAACCUCGUUGUUAAAAUAAUAUGAUCGUCCAUAAUAAUAAAUAAUAUUUCGUUAUUGGUACGUCGUCGUCGUCGUCGCGUAUUACGUGUUUCGCGGUAUAACUCGACGCUAUUCGGUUGCCCAUACCGUAGUUAUAUACCUGGGUAUAUAUCCUAGGUACUUACAGUAUUAAUUAUUUUGUGUCGUAUAUUUUUUUUUUGUUUUUCGAAAAGUGUGCCGUCCAGUGGAUUUUCAUUCCGGUUUCGUUCGGUUUUGCGUAACCGACCAAAACAUUUUCGUUUCGGGGUAUGUAACCAAUAUUUUUAAAACGCAUUAAACGUAUCCGUUAAGCGCCCGUACGAUAUAAUGUUAUGAUAAAAAUGAAAAUUGUGUGGCCAAUAAUUAGGUGCAUAUUAUUUCGAAACAAUGCAGAUGGCAUCUGGUUGAUUGCAGCGUGCAUUCGGUUUUUUUACCGUAUUCCUUUUACAGAGAAAGAAAAAAAAAACCCACACCGACCUGUGUAAUAUUCAAUAUAACCCACGUGCACACCGGAUAUGAAACCGGCAAGCCAUUCGUCAAAAUAAUGCAAUGACAGUCGAACAGUUUUGCUACGUAUCUACCUAUCUAUCUAUUGAUAAUAUUAUUCCUAUAGUUUAUUUUCGCACGAGCGAUUAUUAUUAUUACACGGGUGUUCCUACUAACCUGUACCUUUAUCCACUAUUAUCAUACGUAUACCAACGCACAAGUCGUACCCGUUUUAACUGAACGAUUUAAAUGUUUCGACCGGUAACGUCUGUAGUUUCUACUAUAAUCACAUAGUCAUCAUAUAAUCAUUAUAGAAUCAUUAGUAGUGCUAUCACUAGUGCUAGAAUCAUUCGCUUGUGCGUGUGGAUCGAGAUUAUCACAUCGGGGUAGGCAUGUCAAUUCGUAGCCGGCCGAAACACCCGAUUUUUUGAUAUCCCGUCAGAUAAUCACGCGGUACAGGUUACCGUUGAUUAUAAUCAAUUUUCAAUUCAAAUCAUUUAUAAUCGAAGGUGGUACCAGUUAUGUAACUAUUUAGUGUUUCGACAAGGAGGGAGAUUAUGUGAAUUUAGAAACCUUGUCAUGUGCAAUGUGCUAAAAAAAAAAAAAAAAAAGAUAAAUUUUUUAAUUCGUAAUUGUUAUUGUGCACCUGCAGUGUUGGGUACCUACUAUAUAGGCAUAUCCAGGGGUAAACAUCUUUUAUAUUAUGAUAGUACAAUGGUUUGGAUAGAUUUCGUCUUAAACAAGAAAAUGUAUAGGUACGUUUAGGUUUUUAUGUAACAAUACAGUUCCUAAUUAAUAUAUAUUAAUGUUUGACUGAAAAGUACAGACAUAUUUAAAUAUAAAAUAUAGAUACCUGUCAUUAAUGAUAAAAAUAAUAAAUAUUACAAAAAAGAACAAGGGUGAAGGGGGAGACAUAUCUCCUUAAUUUAUUCACUUUAAAUACUUUAAAUACACUUAAAAUUGGAUGUUACCCACGUUGAUCGAGUAAAAUCAUAUUACAAUCGAAAGUAAAAGUGUACAUAAUAUUUUUGAUUUUUUUUUAUGAAUAAUCAAAAAAUAUCGAGCGUACAACAUACGUUACACGUAUUAUUGUGUUUAUUUACUAAUCAUUCGUGUGGUUCGGUUGGAAGGUAAACAACCAAAUCAACCUAUUAGUAGAUAAAUAAUAAUAAUAACGUAUAGGUAACCUGCCUAUACCUAUCUACCCUAUGUUUAUUUUUUUUUUCUAAAUGUUUCUGUUAUUUAUGUUACGCAAUAUUAAAAUAAUAUUCUUUAGGUCUUUUUUUGAGUUCAGAGGAUAUCCAGUCUAUGAGUACCUAGUAUCUAGCUAUCGUACCUAUGUAAAUUAUAUUAUUGUUAGACAAUUAAAAGGAUUAAAGUAUGGCGUACCCAAUAUUUUAAAACAACGUUACCUUUAUAAUAUUUUAAUGAAUGCUAUUAUCGAAGUGUUACUAUUAUUUUCAAAAUUAUUGUUUUAUCGAAAAUCCUGCAAGUAAUUUCCGUACGUUAAAUUGGCUUCAUCGACAUAAUUAUUAUAAUUUAUGUAUGAAAUACGUAGCUAGCUUCGGUUAUUAUUUUUUUUAAAUAUGAGCAAUACAAUUUUUGUACGUACUGUCUUUUUUUAUUAUAUAAUACCUACCUUCAAAUUUACUUUAAUAGGAACAGGUAAUACCAGAUUAUUUUUCAUAUUCAUGAUCGUUAAUUUGAAAUUAUUGUUUAGUUAAACGAAAAUAAUAUUGAAUGUAGAUACCUACUUUCAUUACAAUACCCUGAAUUAUCAAAAUCUAGUUUUAGAUUCUAAGUGGAGCAAGGGGGGUGUAUUGGUUAUAAAAUUAUGUUUAUUUUUUUUUUAUCUGUGAACAAUUUUUCUACCAGAAAUCUUGCUCCGAUUUGCGAAGAUAGCACUUUUUCUGAAAGGAAAUCGGACUGGGGAGGUAAUUUAGAGAGGCAAUAUUUAAUUUUUCAAGAGUUUCCUUAAUAAAUGGAAAAACUGGAGAUCAGAAAUAUAGAUACAAUAUUAAACAAAUAUUAUUAAAGAAAGUGUUUAAUGCAUAUGUAAUUAUUUUACCAUACCAUAACAUAUAUAUUGUUGACAAAGUAACAUUAUCAAUCGAACUCCGCUCAGAAUAAUUUUUUUUUUUGCAAUGGUUUAUCGUUGUUAAUAGAUAUAAAUUAAAUUCCCGUCUAUAUCUUAAAUUCUCUCCUUCCUACCUAUAACAGUGGCUACACCCGUCCCAAUUAUCCUUGGAUAGCAUUUUUACAUUCACUCAUUAAAGUUGUUAUAAUAACGCUGUUAUAUUUAGUUGUUUAACUUGAGGGUUCGAUUGAAUUACUUGAGUACAUGAAUGUAAUAAUUGCUUUAUACACGAAUUUAAAUAUAAAUUCUUGGAAAAAAAAAAUUAGUUGAUAUUGCUGAUAGGUGUGUCAUUAUUGUAGGAAAGAAAUUAAAAGUUUGGAAAUUAGAAGUAAUUUAAUUUAUAUCUGUAAAUAUGCAAAUAUAAACGAUUGUCAACAAAAAAGGAUUCUGAGUUAAGUUCAGUUAAACAUGUUUUGAAAUGCCUUAAUUUUUACGAAUUUCUUAAAAAAUUUAAUGAAUAAUCGUGUCGCCACGCUGGUUCUGAUCGAAUCGAGGAAUUUAUUGCUUUUACAAUGGUGGUUUUUUUUUCGGAGAUUUUAUACCUGCUACGAUUUAUGGUCGUUCUCCCUUUUAUGGUUUAAUCAUAACCUGCGGUGGCAUGACGGUGCGAUUGUGCGAAUAGAGUGAUUUCUACGCAGUUGCGUUACUGAACAUAGUGAUAGAUGGUCGGGUAUAUGUAUUUUUGCCACGGUUACUUAAUAAAAAUCUUCAAUUUAUUUCACAAUGACUCAUUAUCAUGGCUAGGAUUUAUAUGCAACAGUAUGUUUUUUUUGGGACUUCUGAUUAUUGAUUUUGUCAGUAAUUUCCACGAAUCACCCCAAGAUGAGAUAAAUGAUGGUGUUUUUAUUUUCAUGUUUUUGCAUAUUUCGGAUAAAAUGCACAUUAUUGCAUAUAUUGAAUAAAAUGAAUAUUAUUGCAUAUUUCGAUUAUAGGAAUGCGAAAAAUGCAUGUUCACAGUAUAUUUCGUAAUUAAUAUUUCAUAUUUGAUUUUAGCCUUGCUGAUUAAAGUAUAAAACUUGGUUUUUUUGUCAAACAUACAUUUUAUUUUUAUAAAGACAAUCCUAUGGUACAAUAGGUAUGCGAUAAAAUAUUGAAUAGUUUGACGGAGAAAGACUUUAUGAAAGUCUACAGAUUAUAAUAAAUGCUAGGAAUCGUCUUCUUGAGUGUUACGGAAAGUCGCAGAUAAAGUUAAAAACAAAAUAUCCUUGGUUUUACAAAAAAAUAAAGGAUUUAAAACUCUACAAUCAAUAAAUAAAAUAUUCAAUGGUGAAUCGGACGAGGACAAUUUUAGUUGUAAUUUAACAUCAGGACAGAUGUCUUUAUUUAAAUAUGCGCCAACUACAUCAUGUGACGUUGAUUGGAACUUCAGUCAAUAUAAAUUUCCAAAUUAUUUUAUUUUAUUUCUCAAUAAUAUUAUAUUAAGAUAAACUUCCAAUCACGUAUUUCAAUAAAUAAAUAUUUUUUUUGUAACUAUAUUUUUGUGUUUAUCUUAUACAAAUUUAAAUGCAUAUUUUACAAUUUUUUAUUGCAUACAAAUCCUUGCCCUGCUCAUUAUCAAUGGAACGAAUUUAUAUGUACUUAAAACAUAAAAAAAGCGUUAAAAAUGUCAAAGAGACCCUGAAAAACAAUUUAAAAACAAAAAUGGUAGAGGGGUUUUAAGAGUCUCCCUUUUAAUAACUCUAACUUAUAAAAACCAAUUUUAUAACACUUUUACAAAUGAUUAACACAAAUUAAUUUGUUUUGUAAUACAUACAGCUUUAUUUAAACAAUUUAACUUUGUGUUAAUCAUUUUUUUAGCAGGGAAAAAUAUAUGUAUUUGAGAGGGAACUUUUAAACCCCACUACCAUUUAGGUUUUUAAAAUACGUUUUAAGUGCUUUUUUUCUUUGGAUUUUUUAUGGUUUUUAAAGCUGUUCUGUAGAUUUCAAGUGCGUACAUAAUCCGUUACCUACUUAUCACAUACCAAAUGACAAUGAUUCAUUAUCAAUGGAACAAAAAUAUUAAUACAUAUAUAUUCAGUUGUCUUUUUAUUCCAAAGAAUAACAUUAUUUUUACUGCAACUGACGAGUCACAAGUAUAACUAAAUGUAUAAAUAAUUAUGCAUUAUGUAUAAGCUAACACAAUAUUGUUGUUUUCAUCAACUACGUCAUAACUUUCUUCUUUAAUAGAUACUUAUUUCAUUCUGGAUUGCCCGUAAUUACUACAGUUUCUUCACUCAAAUAAAUUUUGUUUAAACUACUCUGUUUAAAAGUUUCAGUAAUUUAACAAUGAUUUUGACCCUUAUUACUUUGAUUGAAAGGAAAGUUUAUGUAAAUAAAUUGAAUUAUUUGUACUUAGAUUUUAGUCGUUAUAUUUUUAGUCAAAAUGAUUUAUAAUUUAUGAUAUCCAAAACGAUAAGAUCAAUUUAUUACUAGGGUUCACGGUUUGUAUCUUGUACGUUAGGGGGUUAAAGGUACGGCAAAACAGAAAGCGGAAAGUCCGCGCGUGUAGAAUGAUUUCUAUUCUUCUUGGUCUUGGAACUGUGUUAUGAUUGAGUGUCCCAGCAAUUCAAUUUCAAUUCUUUGCUUACUUUACAAUAUUUUUAUUUUUAUUAAUUUAUAAAAAGUACUGGUUUUAUAAUCGCAAUGAUUGGUGUCAUACAAAUAUGGAAAACUGUGAACCAAAUUAAUUUAUUUAUUCAUCUUUUCUGCAAUAAUAAUGUAACAAUAUAAUAUAGGGCGAUUCUCAAUAAGAUAAUAUUUAAUAAGAUACUUAUUAUUUCGAAAAAUAUUUACUUUUAUCGUAAUUUUUCUUUUGGAAAAUGUAUGAAACAAAUAGCCAUAAAAUGUUAUAGAACCGUUAUUUUUAGGAUUUUUUUACCCACGUUUAAUUUUCAAAUAGCAACUUAUACUUCAAAUUCCAUAAAUAGAGAUGGAGCUUUAGUUUAAAUACAUUUUGAAAAGUUAUUCCACUUUUGGUAGAGAGGGAGAGUAGUGGAGCAUCUUUUGGGUGGUGGCAUUUGAGAAUAAAAAUAUUCGAGUACAAUGUAUAUGUAUAUGUAUAUGUAUACAUAUGAGCACAAAUAAUGCAUUGGUAGAUUGGUAUCCUUUUUCGUAAAAAUAACGUAAUAAUUACUUAAUACAAUUAAGGAGAGUCUCCUAAUUCAAUGACCAAACAAAAUUUGAGUGCGAUAUUUAAAACUUUUGACUAGAGGAAGUAUGGUGGGACUCAACCAUAUCUAUUCGUUUAAUGUUCAACAUUAAAUUCAUAUAUAUUUGGCUGUACAUUAAAGACAUAUAGGUACUCAAAAUUGUAUUUUUUAUUAUUUUAUUAGAAUUCAGAAUUAGAUUAAAAGUUUUCUUACUAUAUUUUAAAAAUCGGUAUUAUAGUCUCUGUUUACUUUUUAUCUCGAAAUUUAACUACUGAAGAGUAGUUGAAGGGAGCUAUUAGUACUUUUGGAAUGAAAAUUGGAUGUUUUUGUCGACUACUAAUUUAUCUUAGCAUCAUGAUUGAAUAAAAAAAAAAAAUUAUUUUUUAAUUUGGUUAUUAAAAUAAAUAAAGAGGUACCAUUUUUAGAAGAUGAUUUACUGAGUAUUAACUGUAAUAGGGUGCGGGCGAGCAGACACGUUAAAUUUAAUUUUCAUUUUUCUUUUAUCGAUUUCUGAUUUUGUAAAGAUUGUACCUAAUAAAUACCGGGUAAUUAAUAAAGUCGUAUCUUUAAAGUGGCCAUUAAAAUGAUAAAAAUAAUUUUCAAAUCGUACAAAAUUGGUGACAAGUAGAAAAAUUCGCUCCAAAUCUUCAACUAUCUUUGUGUAAUCAAUUUGAACAGCUGUAUACAUGUUAAACUUCUAUUUAGUGACCAAAGUUGGGCAUCCUAAUUUUUUUUUACUUAAGUUAUAUUAAAAAAAAAACUAAGUUAAAUUAAAAGUUAAAAGUUACUUUUUUAAAAUUAUCUUUUACUAUACACUUUUAUCUUAUCUUUAUCACAUCUUUUAGUAUACUCUGUAUACUUUAUAAUUUAAUAUUUAGACUUUUACAGACUUAAUAUACCCUAUAUAUAGUACCUGUAUUAUAUACUGUAAUAUAUGACAGUAUAUUGUAUGUACCGUCUUGUAACUUUAUAUAGAAACAACUUCAAUUUCAAUAAAAUAAUUAAGUUAUUUUUUAUCAUUCUAUUUUUUUGAAACUAAUUAAUUAACUUAAAAGUUAUCAAAAAAGUAUCUCUCAACUUAACUUUUAGCUUUUUAAGUAGUUACUGUCUAGUUCUUGUGAUAUUUGGCUGAUAAUACCACCAUAGUUGGCAAUAUUAUAAUAUUAACUCGAAAUUAAAAAUUACAGAAUAACACGAUAAAACCAAGAUAAGCUUGGAUUCGUGUUUAAAUUAUAUUUUUAUAGUGGCCAUUUGGCUGGGCGUUGCCUUUUUCACAUCCCUGGUAAUUGUUAUAGUGUUUAUGAAUAGGUAUCUAUUUAAAAAAUGAAAUAAGCUCUACAGUAUUUGUAACGUUAAACUCUAGAACCCUCAUGCAACGUUUGUUUUUUUCUUCUUUUAAUGACCGGGAAAUAUAUUGUCAGCACUGCACUCUUAACAAUUAACUAUAGCUUAAUUUAUACGAUUUAUAGGAGAACCUUUCUGUUGGUGUAAGAUUUGAAUUUAGUAUUGUAUUUCGAGGACUAAAAUCAGUUGUUUUACUGUUUAUAUGACUCGUGUCUUUCUCGUAAAUAUGUCUCAUUUUUUGAAGUGCUUAAUUGAAUUUAGUUAAUGAAAAUAAUGUAAGUAUAUCACAUAAAAUAUUUCUAUUUCUAUUAAGACGAGAAAGUUAUUGAUGUCGGAGUGUUCGCUUUUCUGUUUUGAAAUAGUAAAAUAAGUUUAAAUAUUGGCUGUUCUGCAGUUAUAUUUUUAAAAAUUAUUAAAAAUAAGUCGAAAAUAUAAAAUAAUAUAUCAUUACUUACAAUGUUAUUACUAUUUAAAUUAUUAUGAUAAUUGUGAAAUGAAAGGUCAAUAUGUUACAAUAGCUUACGAACAGAAUUGACAGAUUGUCUGUAAAUUGUUUGCAAACAACUAUACCAAAAAUAAAAUUUAAACAUUUUUAAAAUAAAUAAAUUGGAUUUUAUUUGGAAUAAUCUAAUAAUAGUAGGUACGAUCAACUCUGAUCGACUACUGAACUGUAAAUUUAAUUUCUUUAGAAUAUGAUUGUUUUAUAAAAUCUUUUAUGAUUUAGCUUAAAAGUUUGAAAGCUUUUAAUUUAUUAAAAACUAUUAAUUUUAAAAUGUGUUGUACCAAGUAAAAUAAUAAUAUUCUUUAGUUUUUGUACCUAUAAUAAUAUAGGCUAUUAGACAUAUUUUACUAUAUGUACUUUCAGAAUUUCUUGAGAACUUUAAUCUUAAAGUAUCUAUUAAAAUGCGGUGUUGAAUGUCAUUGCGUGUAUUUACUAUUAAUAUAAUUAUUAAGAUUGAAAGUAGGUUCAAAAUAUAGUUAAGGUUUACAAGAAAUAAUUAUUUUGUUUUCCAUUGUUUUCUUCGGUAAUUUAUGAGAAUCACAAUUACUAUUGUUGUGUAUUAUGUAUUAAUAAAUAAUAAUUUUCAAGGUCAGCAGACUAUUUUCAUGGUUUAAUAUCCUUCGAAUAAAAUAAAUAGUAAUCAACAUGUAGGUGUAGGUAUUAUAUCUUACCGUAACAUGAUUAUACGAUUAGAUAAUACUCGUAUCUAUUAUUCUUAAAUUCGCAUGUUAUAUAAUUAGUUUCGUUAGAAAUCCUGUAAAAUAAAAUGUGCUUUGAUAAAAAUAGAUAUAAGAUAUAAGAUAAGUAUAUUUGUCUUUUUAUUAAUUUAUUUUAUAUCAAUGUAAAUGAAAUAUAUUUUGAUUUUUUUGUAUAGAUUUCGUAGUUAGUUAAAAUAAAUGUAUCCACGCAAUUUUAUUGAUAACUUUUGAUUUAUCAUUCAUAACUAGCUAUACACUGGUAUUAAACUUUCCUACGUGUUAAUUAUCUAGAUAUCUUAUUUAUUUAAAAUUUAUUCUUGUGAUCAAUAUAUAUGAUGGACGAUGGUAUUAUGUUUAAUGUCUGAUCAUCGUUAAAAAUACGAUUUUAUUUUUUUAAAAUUGAAAUACAAAUAUGUGAUUAAUAUAGUAUACCCAAAAAUAGUUUUAAACUUUGUGUUGCAAUAUGUAUCUUAGUAUCUAGAUCGAAAUAACAAUAAUUUAACUUUAAUAAUGAUAGAACCUUUAUUUAAUAGGUGUAGUUCGUGUUAUGUAUUCAUUAUAUUUUAGUUCAAUCCCCGGUUCAGUCAAUAUAUAAUUUUAUAACUUAUUUUUAUUUUUUUUUUGUCAUUAUAAUAUGAAUGAAUAUGAAUUCCUAGGUUUAAAAUAUUAUUAUUUUGUUAUAAUAGUUUACAGAUAAUUUUCUUCAAGCGAGCGUCGUAAUACAAUAAUAUUGAUCUUUUAUUCCAUGACUAUCUGUUUUGAAUAUUUAGAACUUAUAAUAUAUUGUUUAUGUUUUUAAUUUAUUUUGAACAAUUUUUUAAAAAUAAUUGUAAGUUUUUUGAUUUAGAUUAGCCUAGUGCAUCAUUCUUGUAAAAAUUCCUACCAAAAAUCUUGCUUCGAUUUUCAAGGGGAUUAUCUUUUCUGAAAGAUAAGAUUGGCGAAAGUUUUUUGGUAUUUCUAGCAGUUUUCUUUAAAAAUAAGAAAAUCAUAAGAAAUAUGGGAAUACUUACGAUAAUAACGAUUUCAUUUUUUUAAAUUUUUUUGUUGUAAUUUGGUUUAAAAUAACUGUAGAGAUAUAGGGGUCUAUUCUUAAUCUUAUCUAUCAAAUCUGAUGAUCGAUUAGAAUAUUUUUAUUGAUAGUAUUCAAUCAUAACAUUCGUUCAAUUACAUUCUCUAUCGAUUAUUGAGUUAUUAGAUAUGCUAUUUGAUUACUAAAUAAAAUAACGAUUUUCAAAUUAUUGAUAAUGUUAAAUGUUGAUACUUAUUAAAAUCAAUAAUGAACUUGUAAAACUCGUGCAUUAACAUGUUAAUUUUACAUUUGCAACGUUGUUUUAUAGUUAUUAUAAUUUAUAGUACUUGGUAUAUUGCAUAGGUAUUAAUACUAGGUACCUAUAGCAUUAUAAUAUAUUAUGAUGUAUAUGAUGAUGUAUGAUGUAUUAUUAUGAUGUAACUUUGUUAAAGAGGUAUUUAAGUAUUAUAAUUAAAAAAAAAAAAUAAACAUCUUUGUAUAACCAUAAGAUUCUUCGCUCCACUUAGAAUCUAAAAUUAAAUGUAAAACUGAAAUAUUUAUUUUGUUGAAGAAUCCUAUCUCCUUUGAUUUAUAAUUAAAUAUUAAUAGGUACUUACCUAGGUUUUAUUUAAAAAAUGAUUUUCUUGUCUUAAAACUCGUUUUUCCUCAUUUGCGAUGUUCAUGUCGUUAUAUAUAUCCACACCUAUUUAAAUCGUUUAAUUGCAUAUUAUAAGUCUCAUAAUCUUUAUGAAAUGCCAUAUUUUAAAAUAGGCUCUAAAACAAUUAUCUCUUCCCCGUGGGGGGAGGGGAAUUACGAAAUUGCCUCCCUUUAAUAAAUAAUAUUACCUAAUCGUUUUAAUAUAUUGAUCAAUUUAAUCAUCAUUAAUUAGCAUAGUCAAUUUUAAGAAUUAUUUUUAUUCCCUCCCCCUAUUAAUUUUGCCUAUUAAGUAUGUAUAUAUAUAUAAAUGCAUACUAGCUUUAUAUAUAUUAUAUAUGUAUAUUGUAUAUAAUUAAUGAAUAUUUUUAUAGUGGGGGACCUAUUAUUAGUAUCAGAUCUUUUUUUAUCGUGUUUGCUGUUGCACAUAAUCCAAUCAACGAUAUAAGCGAAUUAGGUUUUCCAAAUGUCACUAAUUUCUCCGUCCCAAUUUGACCAAAACAACUUUUAGAUUAAAUUUAAUAUUUAUAGGUUUUCAGUGAAAAAUAAAAAUUGUUCCUUUUUCCCCCUAAAUAAUACAUUAUACGCGUAUUAUAUUUCUGAAGAUUAGUAGGGACACUGUAUUGUAUUAUAUAAAAUGUCGGUACAAUAUAUAUUACGUAUAUUAUAUUAUUCGAUGGCAGACAAAUCGAAAGUGUCAGUUUUAAGUUUGUAAUCGAAAUAAAGGACUGAGAAUUCUAAAAAAUAUUACUUUCUCGUGUAAUACUUACUAAUAAUUGCCUAUAAUAUGGUUAUAUAUGUGUAUAUUAUGCCAGAUAAUAACAGGAAGAAAAAUAAAUGAUUAAAAGUGUUUUAUUCAUCUAUAAAAAUGUAUACGUGCUAAGCUUAAGUACAUAAAUUUUCUAUUGGCUCUCAAAGUAUGUACAUAAGCAUAUAGAUCCUGCAAUUAAUUGCAUAUACCUAAAUAAAUUAUAUUCUCGAACACUAUACUAAAAUAAUAUAGAUAUUUACUUUUUAUUUUUUUGGUUGUCUAAGUAUAUAUUUUUUUUACUUAAGAAACUCUAAAAAACAGAGGGAGAAUUGUUGACAUAACGAGAUCGAUUUUAUUGUAUAUUUUUUUCGAACCAAUAUUAAAUACAUACUUAUAUUGUAUGACUAAUUAAUGCUUAAAUAGCGUGUAUCUGAUAAAAGUUAAGGGUUUUAAACGAUAAAAUAUUAUUAAAUAUUUUGAAUUAUGAUGUCAUGCACCUACGCAUAUUUUAAUGAUAAAAUUUCUUCGAUAAUUGAUCAUUCUAAUAUUUUAUUUUACAGCGAGGUACUUCAUUCUAUCAGGACGGCAUCUGUAAUAAUAAAACUACCGGAAGGGACGCCGGUACAGCGAUCGAUGAGUUCAACCUGUCGGCCAGCGAGGAUAGGACGAGCGCCAAGAAAAAAGAAUAA